AUGAAUUUGUCUGCUACCAAUGUAACAGUGGUUGUACAAUAUGGGGAUUCCUUCUCCAAGGCUUUGAUUAAGAACCUCAUUGUUGUGGUCCUCAGCAUUUUCAUCAACUACAUCAAUGCAGGACUCAUUUACACCUUCUCUAAACACCAGAUCUUCAACACAAAUCCCCGGUACAUCCUGUUUGUUCACUUGGUGAUUAAUGACAUGAUCCAAGUAACACUGACUGUGGCACUUUUCAUCACUAGCUACAUCUUCUUUAGGAUUCCAAUGACUGUCUGUUGCUUCUUUAUACUGAUUGCUAUCUUCACCACUGAAAACACACCACUGAACCUGGCCUGCAUGGCAGUGGAGUGCUACAUUGCCAUCUGCAUCCCUCUACGCCAUUCUCAGAUUUGCACAGUUAAGAAAACACGGCUGCUGAUUCUUUUAAUCUGGGCCACCAGCUUGGUGUCUGUUCUCCCUGAUCUCUUCAUGACUUUGGCUACGGAGUCACAGGACUAUUUUAAAUUACAUACGUUUUGCAUCAGGGAACGUGUUUUUCCAAAUCCCAGAAUUAUAGAGAGGAGAAAUAUUACCUAUAUUGUAUAUUUGGUUUUAGUUUGGUGCAUUAUCUUCUUCAUCUAUUUCCGCAUAAUGUUCACAGCAAGAACAGCAAGUAAAGAUGCUAAAAAGGCGAGGAACACAAUCCUUCUCCAUGGGUUUCAGCUACUGUUGUGUAUGGCAACAUAUGCAGAACACCUUGUAAAAGAUAUGGUGUGGCAACGGUUUCGUGAUUAUUAUUUAGAUGCUCUGUUUGCUUGUUAUUUAUUGUUCCAAAUAAUACCAAGAUUUAUUAGUUCAAUUAUCUAUGGUGUACGAGACAAAACAUUCAGAAAGCACCUAAAAGGAUAUUUACUGUAUAAGAUAAGCCCACAGUAACAUUACUGGGGUAUGUACUUUUGAAUCUUAUAAUGAUGUUUAAAAAAAUUGACUAUUCUCAAAAAAUUAUUUUACAUGUAUUUAAACAAUUUAUGAGGAAACUGGACUUUUUAGUAACAACAGGAUGCAAGAAAUUAAAUUUAUAUUCUCCAUUUGUACCUUCAUUUAAACAUAAUGUAAACAUCAAAUUUAUUCAUACAAUCCUUUAUAAAAAAGAACCAAAUUGUUAUAUAGUCAACCCUGAAAGGUAAUAGAUAAAAGAUUUCCAGAUUUUUGCAUGUUUAUCAUACUUUGGUUUCAGAACAUCAAACCAAUAAAUAUUAACCAAAGACAACACAAAAAGUGCAGUUUUUAAAAUGAAGAUUUAUUAUUGAGAGAAAAAUUCAAAUCUACAUGGUCCUGUGUGAAAAAUGAUUUCCCCUCUUGUUAGAACAUAACUGUAGUUUAUCAGCCCUGUGUUUACUGUCUCUACCAACACCAGAGAUACAAAGAAAUUCAGGAACAAAUGAGAAAGAAAGUACAAUGAACUUGUCGACCAAAACAUCCUGAUGGAGAAUGUCCAGCUAUCCUUUCGUGACCUCAAGCUGAAAUGACAGUUGGUUCUGCAGCAGGACAAUGAUCCAAAACACGGCAGUAAGUUCACCUCUGAAUGGCUGAAGAAAAGCCCACUUCCACUCUGGCAUGGGAGCUCAACCAGAACUCCGCUUCAGCUUUUCUCACUCAACAGUUUGCCUCAAUGAUUACAACCCACAGUCCACUAGAGAUGUCCUCUCAGUAAACUAUCCAGGGGAGUUUAUUCCCUUACAUGAAAAGGAGAUGCAAGAAAUUUCUAAUACAAUUAAUCCUCCUGAAAAUGACAACGAUGGUAAAACAUUUUUUCAGAGAACACAGCAGUUAAUUUUCAAUAAA